GGGAAAGAAGAGUCUUUUAAGCGUGCAUACUUGGGUACGGCGCAGAUUCACCGUGGGUGUAUAAUAAAGUUACAUGGUCCCCAGCCAGAUCCACUUUCACGAUAUGAGAUCCUCAUUAUUAUAAUAAUUAAUCUCUCUCCCUCUCCUCUCUCACUUCUUUCUUCACUCACUUACCUCAUUCACUCCCAACACAACACACAUUCUCUUUUCUCUUUCCCAUCGCCAUAAUACCCGACUUCUAGUCACUCACAUUCGUUUCUCGCAAACACAUCCAAUCGCAAAAUAGUCCAGCCGUAAUCACUUAGUUCAUAAUAUCAAUCCCGAUCUUUCAAGAUGCAAUUCUCAACCGUCGCCAUGGUCUCUGCUCUCGCAGCCGCCGUUUCAGCCAACGGAAACUCCAGCAUGGCUGCCGUCUGGGUCACCGAUGUCGUUACCUCCUUCGUCACCGUCUGCCCAGCUGCCACCAGUUUCUCCUUCAACGGCGUAACUUACACUGCCACCGAGAGCGAGACCGUCACCAUCACCAACUGCCCAUGCACAAUCUCCAAGCCAGUUUACACCACCUCUUCCGUCAUCUGCAACACCUGCACUGCCGUCCCAACUGCUCCAGCUAGCUCUGCUGCCAUCAGCUCCGUCCCAGCCUGGGGUAACAGCACUGCCCCAGCCCCAACCGGCGGCGUUACCUCCACCAAGGGAUCAGUCGGUACCACCUCUGCCCCAGCCGCCGGAUCCAGCCCAUCUGCCUCGACCACUGCCCCAAUCGUCGUUUCCAACAACGGAAACCGCGCCAUCGCACUCUCUGGUGCCAGCCUUGCUGGUCUCCUCGGUGUUGCUGCUUACAUCUUGUAAACUCUCCACUUGAAGGACAGGAUCUCCACUUUGCAUUUCCCUCCUCGCAUAGUCCAUGGAUGCAUGAAGACAUAUCUUCCAUGAGAUGGAUAAUCUCUAAUUCAUGACCGCGCGUCGAAUCCUUUGCAAUCAAUACUGGAAGAUGUGGAAAGGUGGAAAUUUUUAGCGCAAGGAGAGUUUUAAGUGAAGUGGAAUGGCAAUGGGUACAAAAUAAUUCAUAUGGAUUGAGUUAUGCCAAUCACAUAACGAUGGUGUUUUUUUUUUCAACUUAGCAUUUGAGGGUUGGUUUGGAAGGGAAGGGAUGGAAGGUACUUUUUAAUUCAACUAAAUUCAUGACUACAAUUUUCCUCGAAAUGGAAUGAAUACCUACAUAUUAUUUAAACUGUCUA